UUAAAUCUAGAUGGACAAGUAAGGAUCCUUCCUGCCCCAUCCCAGAGCACAGAGCGUGUGACUUCUCACCAGCUCUUCCUUUGUCCUUUUCACAGACAAGGGAGAGCAGGCUCCCGAGGUUCUUCUGGUACCUGCAAAAGCUCUAGGUCUCCUGGAGACAGAAAAUAUAGCUCACUGGGUGGAAGGAAGUAUUUGCACAAACAUCUAUCUGACAAUAGAUUAAUACCUAGGCAUUGAGACAUGAUGGUAAUCCCAGCACCCAGAAGGCUGAGACAGGAGGGUCACCAUAAAUUUGAGACCAGUUUGGGAUACAUUGUCUCGAACAUUGUCUCUAAAACAGAAACAAAGGCCAGGGAUACAGUUCUGUGGUACGGCACAUGCCUGGCAAGCACAAGUUGCUCUGUUCAGCGCCGGUACUAAAAAUAAUAAAUAGGGUCUGGGGAUUUAGCUCAGUGGCAUAAGCACCUGCCUUGCAAGCAGGUAGUCGUGAGUUCGAUCCCUGGUACCGAUAAAAAGGAAAAAGACAAAAAAAAUAAAUAAAUAAAAAUAAUAAAUAAAUUAAAUAAAUAAAUAAAAACAGAAAGAAACAAAGGAUUAAUACCCAGAAUGUAAAACUAACACUCACAACUCAAUAUCAAAGCAACAACUCAAUGCAAAAAUGACCACAGAUGGCUUAUUUAAAAAAAGUGGGGCCGGGGAUUUAGCUCAGUGGCACAGCUGCCUACUUGGCAAAUGCAAGGUCAUGAGUUUGAUUCCUGGUACCAAAAAAAAAAAAAUUACACAAAUUGUCCAUAAGCACUCGAAAAGGUGUUCAGAGCCCUUACUCAUAAGGGAGGUGGGAGGCAGAACCACACUCCCCGCCUCUAGGAAGGCUGUGAUUUUCUUCUAGAUGGGAAAGUGUCAGGUGUGACUGGCUGGAGAAUUGUGACCCUGCCCAUGGGGGUGUGGAAAGGUGAAGAGAGAGUUCCUCAAGGCAGUUCCUGAAGGAGCUAAACCCAGGGCCACCACAGGUCUAGCAGCUCUGCGUGUAGGUGCGCAUCAGAAGGGUCCGCCCGGGGUGGGUGGGGGCAGGGAUUUAGUUCAGUGACAUAAGCACCUGCCUGGUAAGUGAGACAUCAUGAGUUUGAACCCUGGUACCAAAAAAAACAGGCCUUCUUAGAAGGCAGCAGGUGGAAAUGCCCCAUGCCCACAACCAGAGGAACAGAGGCUUUAUUUUUUAUUUAUUUUUGCUACUGUUGUUUUUUCAGUUUUGUUUUUGAGACAGAGCCUUGCAAUGUAUGCCAGGCCAGCCUUCAACUCAUGAGGAUCCUCCUGCCUCAGUCUCCUGAGUGCUGGAAUUAUAGACUUGUGCCACCGCGCUCAGCUAACUGGCUGUUUUAAAGUGUGGUAAAAUACACAGAGAAUAUUGUUCUGCCAUGAGAAGGAAAAGAGUUCCAGUCCAGGCUACCUGGUGGAGAAACCCUGUGAAGUAUUCUUAUUAUGUGAAUUAAAGCCAGGAACAAAACCAAAGACAUAGGUAUGGUCUGGUUUCACUUACACCAGGUGCAAGGAACAGAGAGAGAAGGGAGGCUGCUGGGGGGAAAGAGGAGGCGGGCAGAGAUGGGGGUUGUUAUUUAAUGAAUGUGGAACUUCUGAGAGGGAUGCAGAGAGUUCUGGGAAUGGAUUGUGGAAAGGGUUGCACAAUACUACAAAUUUACUUAGUCUCAGAACUGUAGGCUCAAAUGGUUUCAUUUGUAAGUUUGGGUAUUUAUUUAACCACAAUCUUUUUUUGUUUGUAUGUUUUUGAGGUAAGACCUAGCUCUGUAGUCCAACCUGUCCUGAACUCAUUUUGUAGCUUAGGCUGGCCUCAAACUGCUGUGAUCCUUCUACCUCAGCCUCCCGAGUGCUGGGAUCACAGGCAUAUGCUACCAUACCUGGCUACCACAAUCUUUUGUUUGUCCGUUUUUUGGUUUUUUUCGUACCGGGGAUCGAACUCACAACCUCAUUCUUGCCAGGCAGGCACUUAUACCACUGAGCUAAAUCCCCAGCCCCUGUUCGUUUUGUAAGAGAAGGUCUUGCUAUAUAGUGCAGGCUGACCUCAAUUCUGUAGCUCAGGCUGGCCUUGAGCUCACAGUGAUCCUCCUGCCUCAACCCAAGUGUUGGGAUUACAGGCAUGAGCCACUAUACCCAGCUCACAAAAAAACAUUGUGUGUGUGAUUUUUGUUUAAAAAAGAUGAACUCUCAGUGCCACAGAAAGACAGAGGAACUUUCAAUAUGUACUGCUAAGUGAAAGGUGACAUACUAUGUGAUUCCAACUCUGACAUUUUGGAAAAGGCAAAACUAUGGAAACAGGGGCUGGGGAUUUAGCUCAGCGGCAUAAGCGCCUGCCUUCCAAGCAGGCAGUUGUGAGUUCGAUCCCUGGUACCGAUAAAAAGGAAAAAGAAAAAGAAAAAAAAAGCUAUGGAAACAGAAGAAGACCAGGGAGGACUAAGUGUUAGCUCCGUGGUAUGGUGCGUCACCCCCCAGUACCACAGCAAAAAAAAAAAAAAAAGAUUAAGAGUUCAAGGCAAGGGGCUGGAGAUUUAGCUCAGUGGCAUAAGCGCCUGCCUUGCAAGCAGGCAGUCAUGAGUUUGAUUCCCGGUACCGGGAAAAAAAAAAAAAAAAAGAGUUCAAGGCAAUAGAUGGAUGGCUCAGAAAAGUAGAGAGAUGUUUAGGGUUGUGCAAGUACACUCUACACUGCAGUAACGAUGGAGACUAUUGGUCAUACAUUUGUCGCAACCCACAGAACAAGCUGAGUGUCGUGGCCUAUACUUGUAAUAUAAGCAGCCUGAGAGGCUGAGGCAGGAGGAUGACAAGUUUGAGCCCACUGACCUAGCAAAACUUUGAGAAAUAAAGAAAGGCUGGGGAUGUAGCUCAGUACAAAGACCCUAGGUUCAAUUCCUAAUACUUUUUUUAAAAAAAGAGUUCCCACCCCAGCUUGGUGGCACAUGCCUGUACUCCCAGCACUUGGGAGGCUGAGGUAGGAGGAUUGCCACGAGUUCAAGACCAGCCUGGGCUACAUAGUAAGUUUAAGGCCAGCCUGGACUACACAGUAAGACCUUGUCUCAAAAAUAAAUAAAUAAAUAAAUGUUGCUCUGGUGAUUUUUUUUCCUCUCUUUUUAUCGGUACCAGGGAUUAUGCCGCUGAGCUAAAUCUCCAGCCCCUGGUGAUGUUUUUUUAAUAAGUGAUGUGACUUUAUUUUUGUUUGGUUCGUUGUUUUUGAUUUUUUUGAGACAGGAUCUCACUAUGCAGUUCAGGCUGGCUUCAAAUUCACUAUGUAGCUCAGGCUGGCCUCAAACUCCUGGAAAUCUUACUGCCUAAGUCUCCCAAGUGCUGGGAUUACAGGCUUACACAAACUUUUUUUUUUUUUUUUUUUUUUUGGUACCAGGAAUCAAACUCAAGACCUUGCAUUUGCCAGGCAGGUGCUGUGCUACCUAGAUAAAUCCAUGGCCCCUUCUAGGGGCUGUGACUUUGACGAAAAUAGUAUAGCUCAGAAGUAAAAUCAGAAGCGCUGUGCUGGGUCCCAGGAAAGAAGCGUCUCUUGGUGCCAUCUGUGUCUUCAAACCCAGGGCAAAGGCAAGGAGCCUGCAGUUGGGAGAGCCAGCCCACUCCCCAGCAGAGCAGGGCACAACUCUGUCCUGAGGACCCCAUCUGAGGGGGAACAGGGUGCAACAGCAUGAGACAUCCUGUCACCAGAGAAGUAGGACAAGGUCCUGCCCAGGAGCCCCAGUCUCCAGAAGAAAUGCUCCUGCCCAGGCUACUGCCAUCCAGGAGAGGAAUUCAGCCUGUCACUAGGACAUUGCUCCCACCCACACCCCCAGUCUGUGGGCAGAGACAGAGCCUGGCCCUGGGAACUUUAGUCUGAGGGUGACAUGACACCUCUUCCAGAGCUCUGGAGGGAGGUCCCCCAUGCACCCCUGUGGCACAUAUAAAAUACACGAUGUUGAACCAGUCAUGGUGGCACACCCCUACAGCCCCAGUGUUUAGUAGGCUGAGCAGGAGGAUUUCUGUGCAUUUAAGGCCAACCUGAACAACAUAGCAAGACCCUGCUUUAAAAUAAAAUGAAAUGACACUGCCACACAUGUCAACCCAAGUUCCAGUGUGGCCCAGCUCCCUGGAGAGCUUCAGAGACAGGCUGUGGUGGCCUUGGGUUACCCAGCGGAUACCACCUCUCAUGGUCCUGUGUGGACCAGCGUUAGCCUAAGCUUCUCAUGAGCCUCUCGCUCCCUUCACCCCCAGAGCAGCUUCCUCCAAGAGUCCUUUGAUCCCUGAGCAGAUGGACCCAAUCCCUGGGUCCCCCUCACCCAUACCCACCCAGUGACUCUUGUCUUAGGACAGAUUAUUCCUGGGGUAAUCUGGCCAAUCUUUAACUGGUUGGCCAAGGGCCCCUUCUCCAAAAGCAGAAAGACCAGGACAUGAGACUUUGCCCCUAUGCUUGUUAUUUUGUCCCCACAGUGGGCCAGGGACAGACGGGGCCAGUUGUAUCCUGGCCCUACCAACCCUUCCUGGACGCACACAUUGUUUCUGAUGGACUUUGUGACAGCCUCAGGAAGUGGGCACCAUGAGAUCAUCUUGAGAUGGAAGCCAAGACUCAGGUCAUGAGCAGUGAGGAGGAGGUCAAGGGACUCAGGACUCAGCCCCACACCCCAUCUCAGGCCCUCUCUGCCUGUGACUCCCUCCAUGUCAGAAAAAUCUCCACAGAACAGCCACCAUGUGAUAAAGAGAGGGAUGUGAUGCACCAGGUCACCUGAGAACCAUGCUCACAGGUCUCGGGUCACGGGUUAGCUGGCAUUGGGCCCCUCAGGUAUUGUGCGCCCCACUCUGACUUGGAAGGAGGAGAGCAGCCAAUGGCAGGGGCAGCUCUUGGUAGGGAACAGGACAGCAGGUCCAGGAGGGACAGUGGCACAGAGGAAAACUGCCUAGACACAGGAGUCACAGUGGAGUCUACCGUACCCUCACCUGCUCCCCAGGACUCUGAGCUGGACCUCCUGGGCCACGGUCUCCAUCCCAAAUCUGCUCACUGCUUCCUGCAGGGAACAGCAACUUUGGAUCCCUUCACCCCCAGAGCAGCUUCUCCCCAGAAUCCUUUGAUCCCUGUGCAAAUGGACCCAGUCCCUGGGUCCCCCUUACCCACAUUCACCCAGUGACUUUUGCCCUAGGACUGAUCCUUCCUGGGGUAAGGAAUGUUCAGGUGAGGAAGGAACCCGAGGCCAGCAUAGACUGAAACUAUGUGAGCAUAAGUCAGGUGGGGGCAGGGGAUUGAGAGAGGCUGGAUCUUUCUAAAUCCACUUCUUUAUUUAAUUGUUUACAUUUAUUAUGUUUUAUCUUUUCAGACAAGAUCUCGCUAUGAGGUGCAGACUGGCCUUGAACUUGCAGCGAUCCUCCCGCCUCAACAUCCCUAGUGCUGGGAUAACAGGCAUGUACCACCAUGCCCAGCCACUUCUUUGGUUUUAGAAUAAUGUGGCAACAUUUGAUGGCAUCCUCAGGCCACCCCUUCACCUCCACAAUGCCCACUCCAACCUGGCCUUGACUCAGCUCUCUCCGCAGACUUGGAGCCUCCACGCACUGCUGGUCUUCACCUGUCAGGGAGCUACCGUCGUGAGAAUGCAGGCUGCGUCUCCCCCUUGUGGCCACUUUGAGGAACGCAAGCUUCCCACAGCUACAGACUGGGGAUCCCGCCCCAAAUGAGCAACGAAGGAAAAGUGCGUUUGCUUUACAGCUUCAGGGUAGGACUGAAGCCCUUUACACAGCAAUUCUAGGAGAGGUCCUAAAAGGGGCCAGAGGAUGCGCCCCCCACCUCACCUGCCCCCCCAUCAUUCCUUGGCCCAAGACUCACCUAGAGCAGAAACCCCUUGAGCAAACUCCCUACCAGGAAUUCAACUUCCCUUCUCAUUCUAUAUGCACAGGGAGCUCACUAUCUGCAAGGUUGACCUGUGCGGAGGCCACUGGGAGUCAGUCCCCUGAGCACCUUCCUUGCUUGAGGUCUUUCCUGUCACCCAGCCCCACUCUGUCACCACGCACACUGAGCUGAUGGGCACCCAGGUGCCAAGGACAGGGCAUUCACAGAGCUGGAUUCGGCUCAGGCUUGUGCGUGGCACUUGUAGCUCCUACAAAAGCCCAUGUGACACCCCAACCUGGCACCAUGCCCCCUGUCACAGCCCCUCCCAAGAGCCUGGGCCACGCCAGCUGCCACGGAGGAGGCUCAGGGAAGAAUUGUACUUUCUGGAAGCUGAAGUCCGACCUCAGCCUCCCUUCUUGUGCCUCCAACUCAGGGCUGGGAACAGGGGUGGCCUGAUCCUCCUGUCUGAAUUGCAUACAAUGGCUGCUCCUUGUGUCUCAAUGCACAGGCAGGUGGGAGACACCUCCCCAGCUCACACUGAGUCCUGGGGCCUGGGGCAGACCCUUCCUGGGGCAGUAGGAGCCCAGGCUUUGGGGUGGUUCCGCAAAUCAGAUGGACAAGAGGUAGAUGUCACCGUGCAGGACAAUGCUGAGGUGCACACUAAUGCCAAAAUCCAGCACAUAUGGUGUCAGCACAGUGGGCUUCCUCCCCCCUCCCUGCCCCAAAGUUCAGGAAAAUUCUGGAUGUCAACAGUGCUGACAGCCCUACAGCAGGCACGGGAAGCAGUGUGGUGGUGGUGGCUUUGGAAUCAGAAAGCUACCAAAGGAAGAGGGCCCUGGGGAGUCCCAGCAGCCUCAUGCUCACCCACCUGCCCCCACCAGCAGCCUCUGGGAAAGCCCUUCCAGGAGUCAGAGGGGCCCUGGGUGUUUGUGGAAGGGCCAACUCAUUGCACUUUCUGGAAGCCACCUUAUCUCCUUCCCGCUGGCUGCUCAGAGCUCCCUACCCUCAUCUACCCCGGUCCAUCCCAGGCCAUCCUGGGCCCUGGACACUCCCAAGUAGAUGAGCUGUGGCCCCGGGACUUGUGGAGCCUGAGACUGCGCGAGUGUGCAGAGCUGCCACCAGGCCUUUAUAACCUUGCCCUGCCUGGGUCCUUUCUUGUUCCUUUACCCUGGGGAUCUGGGCUCUGGCCACCAGGAGGCGCUGUUGCCCCUGAGAUCUGCAGAGCCCUGCAGGUUGCGCCAGCAGAGAUGAAGCUGUAAGAGAGAAGGCUGAGGCGAGUUCACCGCCCCAGAGCAGGGGAAGACAAGGGCCUUUGUCUGCGGCUGCCAUGCAUCUCACACUUCCCACGCAAGACCUCACUGCCACCUCGACGGGGUGGGGCUGAGGGCCCAGCCAGGGCUCUAAGUCACAAACUCUGCUGACAGCAAGUAAAAGGCGCUCACAAAAGACAGAGAAGACCAAGCCAGACCUGGCCCAGGGUCCCUGCUGCCCUGCAGAUGUCUCCAAGGCCUGUAUUUGUUGCACUACACCCUGCAGGCGGCCUUGAGUCCUUGUACCACAGAGGAGCCGCGUGGCAUUUGUCCUUCCCAUGUGCAGCAAACCCUCUGCUCCCCCAGCAGGCGGUGUCCCCACUCAGGCCAGGCCUGGCUUCCCUCUGAGGCUGCUGCUCUUGGAGACCAGACUUGUGGGGAGCCAAACCAUGGCCCUGCUGAGAGAACUUCUUCCCAGCCAGAGCUGUCCUGGCAUGUCGGGGAGAGCACCCCUAGGGACCAGAGGGCCAGGAGGCUGAGGCUGGACAACUGCUAAAGUUCGAGGCCAAGCUAGGACACAUAGUGAGUUCAAGGCCAGCCUGAACUACAUAGUAAGACCUUGUCUCAAAAUACAACAACCACAAAAGUGACACCCAGGGACCCCCAGAGAGGAUUCAGUCGCUCUUUCAUGCCAAUAACAUGCUGAGCCAUUUACUUACUGCUAGGUCUCUGCAGCCAGUGGAGAGAAGGAAGAGAGCACAUGCUGCCACCUAAGGGUCACCCCACCUGAUGCCCAUGCUUCGAAGGGAACCUCUAGGGCUGGACAGGGGCGGGGUGUCUCUAUCCGGGCCCCACUUGUGACUCACAAAGACAGCCCCCUCCAUACACUGCACUUGCCCUGGCCAGGGUUUAUAAGUGCCCCAGAUGGCAGCCUGGGACAGGUGUUGGAGCAAGCUUAGUACUGGUACCACGGAAGGGAGGGUUCAAGUGAGGUUUGCAAGAGCAGCAGACCCAAGGCCAGUGCGGUUCUUCCUGCUGGCAGCCAGCCUGGCUGCCAAAUCUGCUCUGCAGAGAAGCCAGGCCUCAGCCCCUGCACCCACUGCACAGUGGACACAGUACCCCGAGGCUGUUGCCCCCAGCAGGUGGGUGUCUCGGGGCACAGAUGGGCACAGAUGGCUUUGUGAGCCAGGAUUCCGGGAGAACUGGGUGGCUGAAACCCUGCAGAGGCCGGGUUACUCCAGUGCCUAGAGAGUAAUAACUGCCCAGUGCUUGGUACAAGGAUCAAUGACAGCAAAACUGUAGGCUUGCAAAGCCCCGCCCCACCCUUGGGAGGCUACCGAGGACACAGGUGACAGAGGACUUCAAAGCUUGCUUCAAAAAUGAGAGAAAAAAUAUCCAUUGAACUGGCAGUGAAUGAAGAUGCCUGGACUCAGCCAUCAACCUUACAUCUUCCCAGCGUAGCAGGAGUCCCCUGAGACAUGUGUACUCUCAGUCCCAUUCUAUUUAUCUAUUUAUUUACUGCGCAUUUUUGAGACAGGGUCCUGGUAUGUAGCCCACACUGGCUUUGAACUCACAAAGGCUUCCAGGGUCCUCACCUGGGGCCAUUGCUACCACUAAUAGCACUAAAAGCCACAAAACCAAUGAGUGACCAAGCUGCCACCAGCAACUCUCGGGCCACUAGCAUGAAGGGAGACCAGAGGUCUCCCUAAGAGGUCUGUCCUCUGGAACAAACUGCUGCCAUGCAGGGAACAGACCCUGGCUGCUGUGAAAAGUGCUUGUGCCUACGUGUUCAAUAAAUAUGAACCUUGAGUAUCAAUAAUAAGAAUCAAGUGGCUGGCACCUAGUAGUUGCUCAGUAAACGAUGGUUCCCUGGGCCCUCGGGGACAGAGAGGCAGGUGGCUGCCACAGGUCACUCAAGAGCCAUCCAUCUGUGGACAGUGGACAGGCCUGCAGGCCUCCAAACCUAACUCUAUGGCACAGACUGAGGACCAGAGAGGACUGACUGGCCUAGUCAGAAGCAAAAUCUGUGCCCAGGACCUGGGUCACUGAAGAUAAACUCACCCAGCCCCGGGAUGAGUGUGGGACUCAGUGUGCACUCAGUGUGGGACUCAGAUAGGCCCCCCGAAAGGAGAGGCAGCAUCCUCAAGGGGAGCCUGGUAGCUACCUGGUGUGGGGGCCUGGAAUGGGAAGAGGUCAGAGGGACCCCGAGAGCCUCUGAAAACUGGGGAUGUCAGCCACACUGCCCCCGGCAAUGAAGUAACAGGCACCAUUUCCUUUCCCUAGAACUCUCGGUCUCCACAGUGGUCUUAUUCUUCCAGCCACUUCCCUACAAGACCCCACACACACACCAUACCUCCUCACGGAGAUCCUACAGCUGGGAAGUGGGGUCACACCAGGCCCAGGUGACCUCCUUCCUAUCUGCAACCCGAAUCUGAAGCCUCUUUCAGGGGAGGCUGGGUUCCCGAGGGCCUGGGAGGCCACUCCCUGGGGACACUGAUAUCGAGGCCAAGGUUGGAACCUGGUGCCAUCACAAGGGAGGCCAGUGGCCCUCUGCUGGCACCUGCCCCGCAGGAAGCAGGAGGGGACUUUGCUGGAAAUCUGCCUUUAAUCUUGGCUUCCUGUUUUCUGCCCUGGGGACUGGCCGGGCGUGUGAGUUUCAAACGAUUUCACGACUUCACGCCAGCUUCUCUAAACUGUCAACUCCACCAGAGAGGUCGGAGGGUGGAGGGAGGUGGCUGGGGAAGGAGCAGGGGCCCCUGCACCCAGGGAACCUUGGGUGCAGCCUACCCAGCCUCAGGUCCCCAGCACUGUCUCCAUAUCCCACAACCAGCCUUCCUCUUCUUCACACCUCUGGGACAGGUCCCAGCACCCAGGGACAGGUGGCCUGGCUUGGGGAACCUCAUGUGUAGUCCCCAGUGUGGAUCUGACAUGGCCUGUUUCACAGGAGGCUGGGACUCAGCUUGUUAAAGAUCAAGUUCCUGGGUGCUCUUCCAGCCUGUGCCCUCCUCUCGCUCCCUGAGGAUCCCGCUGGCUUCUCAGGAGGCCUCAGUCCCUACAGGAGCUGGCCCUGGCUGCCCCCCCCACCCCGUGCCUACCCACAGCUCCCACAAGCACUCCCACUGCUGUGAGCCACGUGGCGACCUCCUGCCGGUCUUCUACCUUCACCUGGUUGCAUCCCACCCACC